GCCCCGGCUCCGGCCCCGCGGGCCCCGAAGACUCGUCCGACAGCGAGCCCGAGCCCGAGCCGGGCUCCCCGCAGAAGCUGCUGCGCAAGGUGUCCACGUCCGGCCAGAUCCGGCACAAGACAAUCAUAAGAGAGGGGAUGUUGAUGAAGCAGACGAGUUCCUUCCAGCGCUGGAAGAGAAGGUACUUCAAACUUCGAGGACGGACCCUGUAUUACGCAAAAACCGCCAAGUCGAUCAUUUUUGAUGAAGUGGAUCUAACCGACGCGAGCGUGGCUGAAUCUAGUACCAAAAAUGUCAACAACAGUUUCACGGUCAUCACUCCAUGUAGGAAGCUCAUCCUGUGCGCCGAUAACAGGAAAGAAAUGGAAGAUUGGAUUGCAGCCCUGAAGACUGUGCAGAACCGAGAGCAUUUUGAGUCCACCCAGUACAGCAUGGACCACUUCUCAGGGACGCACAACUGGUACGCCUGCUCGCACGCAAGGCCCACGUACUGCAAUGUGUGCCGGGAGGCGCUGUCUGGGGUCACAUCCCAUGGGCUGUCUUGUGAAGUGUGUAAGUUCAAAGCCCACAAACGCUGUGCUGUCAGGGCAACCAACAACUGCAAGUGGACAACACUGGCUUCUAUCGGGAAGGACAUCCGUGAGGACGAGGACGGGAUCUCGAUGCCCCAUCAGUGGCUGGAAGGAAACCUCCCCGUGAGCGCCAAGUGCACAGUGUGUGAGAAGACAUGCGGCAGCGUGCUUCGGCUACAGGAUUGGCGCUGCCUCUGGUGUAAGGCCAUGGUACAUACGGCGUGCAAAGAUUCACUAGUGGCCAAGUGCCCCCUGGGCCUGUGCAAAGUGUCUGUCAUUCCCCCGACCGCCCUCAACAGCAUCGAUUCUGAUGGGUUCUGGAAAGCCACAUGUCCCCCGUCUUGUACCAGCCCAUUGCUGGUCUUUGUCAAUUCCAAAAGCGGAGAUAACCAAGGAGUGAAGUUCCUUAGAAGAUUCAAGCAGCUGCUGAACCCGGCCCAGGUCUUUGACCUCAUGAACGGAGGACCCCACCUUGGUUUACGUUUAUUCCAGAAGUUUGACACUUUCCGUAUUCUGGUGUGUGGUGGGGAUGGCAGUGUCGGAUGGGUCCUCUCUGAGAUUGACAGCCUCAACCUCCACAAGCAGUGUCAGCUGGGAGUGUUGCCUCUAGGGACAGGGAAUGACCUGGCGCGCGUGCUGGGCUGGGGCUCUGCCUGUGAUGAUGACACUCAGCUCCCUCAGAUCUUGGAGAAGCUGGAGAGAGCCAGCACCAAAAUGCUGGACCGGUGGAGCAUCAUGGUGUACGAAACAAAACUCCCUCGACAAGCUUCGUCUUCCACGGUGACAGAAGACUUCAGUGAGGACUCAGAGGUCCAGCAAAUUCUCUUCUAUGAAGACUCGGUGGCUGCUCACUUGUCCAAAAUCUUGACUUCGGAUCAGCAUUCUGUGGUCAUCUCCUCUGCCAAGGUGCUCUGUGAAACUGUGAAGGACUUUGUGGCGCGGGUGGGGAAGGCAUACGAGAAAGCCACGGAGGGCUCCGAGGAGUCUGAAGUCAUGGCCAGGAAGUGCUCUGUGCUCAAAGAGAAGCUGGAUUCCCUCCUCAAGACACUGAACGACGAGUCCCAGGCUUCCUCCUCCCUGCCCAACCCUCCUCCCACCAUCGCCGAAGAGGUGGAAGAUGGGGACGGCUCUGGCGGGGUCUGUGUCGCCUCCACUGACCGCACCAUAGGGCCGGCCUGCCCAGCGCGGCCCCAGAUAUUCCGGCCUCGGGAGCAGCUCAUGUUAAGAGCCAACAGCCUGAAGAAAGCCAUUCGUCAGAUCAUAGAACAUGCAGAAAAAGCUGUCGAUGAGCAGAAUGCCCAGACACAGGAGCAGGAAGGCUUCAUCUUGGGGCUCUCUGCCGCCGACGAUGGCCGAGAGCCCAAGGCGGAGGACAAGCUCCCACUGCAGUCCUCUCAUGGUGGCAAUGGCAGCGUUUCCCGAGGCAGGAGCCACCGCAAAGUGUCCAAAACCCCUUGCGAAAAGCUAAUAAACAAAGGAAGCUUGUCUCUGGGAGGCUCAGCAUCACUUCCUCCCCAGACGGGAAGCCGCGACAGCUUGCCAAUGCUGAACACAAAGAUUCUGUACCCAAAUAUCCGGGCUGGGAUGUCCGGUUCCUUACCCGGGGGCUCAGUCAUCAGUCGUUUGCUCAUCAACGCAGAUCCCUUUAACACCGAACCAGAAAAUUUAGAGUGUUACACAGAGAAAUGUGUCAUGAAUAACUAUUUUGGAAUUGGGCUUGAUGCAAAGAUCUCCCUGGAUUUCAAUAACAAGCGUGAUGAACACCCAGAGAAGUGCAGAAGCCGUACCAAGAAUAUGAUGUGGUAUGGGGUUCUGGGGACGAAGGAAUUGCUGCAUCGCACCUACAGAAACUUGGAGCAGAAGGUCUUGUUGGAGUGUGACGGGCGCCCCAUCCCGCUGCCCAGCCUUCAGGGUAUCGCUGUCCUCAACAUUCCCAGCUAUGCCGGAGGCACCAACUUCUGGGGAGGCACCAAGGAAGACGACACGUUCACGGCCCCUUCCUUCGACGACAAGGUCUUAGAAGUGGUGGCCGUCUUUGGCAGCAUGCAGAUGGCCGUCUCCCGGGUCAUUAAUCUGCAGCACCACCGGAUUGCUCAGUGUCGGACUGUGAAAAUCGCCAUCCUGGGUGAAGAGGGUGUACCAGUGCAGGUGGAUGGAGAGGCCUGGAUCCAGCCCCCCGGCUCCAUCCAGAUUGUCCACAAGAACCGGGCGCAGACUCUGACCAGGGAUCGGGCAUUUGAGAGCACCCUAAAAUCUUGGGAAGACAAGCAGAAAGGUGAGCUCUCGCGCCCUCCCUCCUUCUCCCUGCACCCUGAGAUCAUGUCUGAAGAGGAGUCCACACAGAUGCACCAGUUUGGCCAGGCAGCAGGCGCCCUCAUCCACAGUAUCCGAGAAAUAGCUCAGUCCUGUCGAGACAUGGAGCACGAGCUGGCCCACGCCGUCAACGCCAGCUCCAAAUCACUGAAUAGAGUCUAUGGGAAAUCCAAGACCACCGAGGGGCUAAAUUGCACUUUUGUCCUGGAGAUGGUGAACAAUAUCCGUGCCCUCCACAAUGAGACCGAGCUGCUGCUCACUGGGAAGAUGGCCCUGCAGCUCGAGCCGCCCCACAAGGAGCAGCUCGGGGCAGCCCUGGCUGACAUGGACCUCCAGCUGAGAAGGCUGGCCGACAUUCCCUGGCUGUGGCAGCUCAUGGAGCCCAGCGACGACGAGAAUCCUACAACGCUAGACUUCAACAAACGUGGCCGCAGCGGUAAAUUCCGCCUUGUGACCAAAUUCAAAAAGGAGAAAAGCAGCAAGAACAAAGAAAUCCGAGGCAGCAGCAGCAGCACCGGCCUCCCUGUUCACGUCUGGGGCACGGAGGAAGUCGCGGCCUGGCUUGAGCAUCUCAGUCUUUGUGAGUAUAGAGAUAUCUUCAUCCGCCACGACAUCCGGGGCCCUGAGCUCCUGCAGCUUGAGCGGAGGGACCUCAAGGACCUCGGGGUGACCAAAGUGGGCCACAUGAAGAGGAUCCUCCACGGAAUCAGGGAGCUGAGCCGGAGCGCUCCUGCCAGCGAGGCCUAGCCAGCAUCUUCACAGCAUGCGCCUGCCCCUCCUCCCCCAACUGAAACAUCCGCGCAGGGCCUGGCAUGCCCACCGCCUGCCUUCCCGGGCAGGGCAGCUGCUAGCAGAGCUUAUAUCAUGGUGCUACUCUCUUCCACGUGGGUAUGGCUUGUCAGGAGGACCCUCGCCGGCCCAAUGGAUGGAGGACACUUCCACGUGCUCCCCUUCAGCCCCCGGGCAGGUCUUAACCACAGCAACACAGCUACCUUCCAAACAGAGGCCUGGCACCUUCACGACUGCCAGGGACGUCCCAGAGCCCAGCACCUGCCUUGGCUGGGUUUUGUCCUGUGUGCUCAGAUACCUGUUGACAAACUGCGCCUGGAGUAAGCCUGGGCUCUGCCCAGAAGAUAAGGAGCAGCCCCAUCGCAGCCCCUCCCCAAGCCCAGCUCCGGCCUCAGCCCAUGGCUGGGGUGGGCAGCCCCUGGGCUUCACGGCCUUUGAGCUGUUCCUGUGACACCUUCCCAGUGGAUCCAGUGUGAUUGUCCGUAUUGCAGCCCAGAUGAGAAUGGGGGCUCUGUCCUGGAGCCUUUUAGAGCCCAUCCUCACUCCUCUUCACCCCACCAGUGGAGCUCCCAGACCCUCUCAAGCUCUCAGGCCCAGAAGCCCUUUGCCGCCAAGUGUUUCUGGAGAGUCAGGAGAAUGGACCCUCAUCUACUGUGGGGCCAGAAUCCAGACAUCUGUUAAAGAGAGAAACAAACCCGCUGUGCCCCCACAUGCCCCAUCCUGCCCCCCCUUAGGCUUAUCUGGUGGUGCAGGACCCUGAUGCCAUUGGAAUGGGGAUAGAAACCAAAAGAGGCCGUUUUUCCUCAGGGUGAGAGGAGAAGCAUGUGCCUGGCCGCCUACUCACUGCGCCCUUUGUCUCCUUCCUUCUUUACGAGUCUCACUCUCAGGAGCCUCACGAAUCAGUUCUGUUCCACCAACAUUUAUUAAGAGGCAGUUCUGUCACCUCCGGGGGGGACGUGCCAGAGGCUGGGAAUCCAAAGACCCCACCCCAGGCCCCAUCUUCACAGACCCCCAUGAGGUCAAUGGGAGUAGAGUGCGGCCACGUCAGGCACCAAAAUGCGCAAGAGAGUGCAUCUAUCCUUCUCGGGGCUCAGAAAACCUCUGCCGUGACUGCCCGGCUUGCUUGAUCGUCACAGACCCGUGAGAAAACCAGGGCAAUGAUUGUUGUGGAGCAAAUUAAUGAAGAAGUGACCGGAAGCCAAGACAGGUGAGGAGAGUCACCCUGCAUGGCAGGGAGUUGGGCGUUUCUAGGGUAGCUGAUACAAUCGGUAUCAAGCGUGAAGGCCCCGAGAGAUCAGCUGGCAUUUUGGGGCCCUGGACUGCUCCGGAAAGCAACCUGGGGACACCUGUGUACCCCUUCUCAGGAGCCAGACUCCACAUGCAAACAGCGGGAUACAGAGGAUUGCAGAGGAAGCCAAUUCUAUUGAUAGACAGUCACCAAAAUAUUCCAUAAUGUUCAUAGGCCACAGGUUAAGUCCUCCAUUUUACAGAGUAAGAAACAGGCCAUAGUGCCCUGGGUUCCUGAGUGUGCCUGAUGCCUGGAGAUCCUAAAACCUGCCCGUGUAACAGAAGGAAGGCCUCCCAGGGCAGAAGCCAUCCCUCCUCUUUUAGGAUUUGCCCAUAUCCCCUUCUGUCUUCACACACUCUCCCAUGGACACUUCUGUGCAGAAGGUUGCAGUCUUCUUGGGGAUGUACGUCCCUCUGCAUUCGUAGUCCAGUCCAGCAGUGCCCUUGGUGCUUGGGGAGCCUGGAACUUCUUGGAGGUAUUUCACGCCUCUCCAAAUCUUGAGUGGGGAGGGAAUGCCCUGGCACCUGUUGCCAUUCAGCGGGGCAUGUGCCUCCAAAAGGACUGUCAUCAUUGGAUUAGAAUCCUGUGCUAGCUAUCUCUCAGCACCACCUCCCCUCCCUGCACAUGCGUGCACAGGCACAUACCAUACGCGCGCGCGCGCGCGCGCACACACACACACACACACGGCCUUCUGGACAGACACCCAAAAUCGCGAUUGACUUGGCCAACAAUGAGCGGCAGCAGGAUCCCAGGCCCCAGACUCCUGAGCCACCUUGCCCACCAGCUUAGUGUCUUGAGCCCAGAAUUCUCAGUCCUCUGCUGGUCCUUGGACAUUUCCUCCAGACCCAUGGUAUCUAAAAUUAGACCCAAUUACCAACAUAAAAGUUUUAGAAAAUGUCAGAUUUCCUUCAGGAAUGUCUAGUAUUUUGUAGGGAUUCCAGCACGGUACCAGGCAUGCUGCCCAUGGGGGAAAUUGCAGCUCUGCUCCCAUCUCAAAGGGGAGAGUGGCCCUACCCUCUUUGCCAGAACAUUCACCGCAGGCACCCCGACCACUAGGCUUUCCUCUGCUGGUCACCUCCUAGAAGGGAGUGGGUCAUACUAGCGCUGCCUGCCUGCCAGAAUGACCUGAGAGAGUUCUUUAAAUGGGAAAUUUUCUCUAUUGGUACUGAAAGCAGAAUUGAAUUUAUUACAGUUGCAUUUAGAGAAGUUCUUCUGGAGAUCCUGCUGUGGCUAAAUCAAGGUAAAACUUGGAAACCCAAAAGAGGUACCGUGGCUUCAGAGUAGACAAUGUGCCUAGAACCCAGGAGGACCCAGGUCUGGGUCCUGCCACAGAAGUUUACUGGCUCUGCAAUUCUGGGCAAACCACUUGGGUUCUCUGUGCCUUGGGUUCUUCACCUUGACCCCGGGGCAUGUAAACUGUCUACUCAGGAGUUCUAAGUACCAGAAGUCCAUGUCCGUAGCAGUGGCUGGCUAGGGCACAGUCAUGACAUCAUUGUCAUCGUGCCGUUUGUUUGGGGAGCCGAGAUGUGGCAGAAGGAGGCAGCCAGAGCAGAGACGGGCCCUUUCUUGGCAGUCCCAGUUGGUGUCUGGCAGGGCUCUUGGCCAGCAGGUGCAUGUGCUGACAUCUGGUCCGUGGCUUGGCCAGUCCCUUAGUUUUCUCUCCUUGCAUAAUCUGCAUUGUGGUCACUUCACACACGGGCAUCUCCAGGUCGGCUUGACCCACCCCUGUGGGACAGGACGGAGAAUUUAAAAUUAAAAACUGAAACAAAAUGCGGUUUUCCCGUGCUUAGUAGAUCUUGAUUUCCUGCUGUUCACAUUUCCCAGUAGAGAUGGAAUCAGAUGUCUUCAGUACUGCACAGCCUUCCACUAAUAAUGGGAAAUGCUGGCAGUCACUGUCCCUCCUCCCAAGUCUUCUCAAGGCCAGGCAGGCCCAGGUCCCCUGAUGUGGUGUCCAGGCCUCUCCUCCAGAGCUGAACCCAGGCUUCAGAGGAGGCUUCUCUAGCUUCUCUCUUUGCCCCCCUGUGCUCCUGUUCCUGCUGCCUUGGCUUACAUUGGUCUGCCUCCCUUUGGAAUUCCCUGGCCACGCUUGCCCUGGGGUUUUUUAAUCUCAAUGUAAGGCCUGACAUUUGUCCCUGUCACACAUCAUCUUCUUAGAUUAGGCCCGAUAUUCUAGCGUGUCUCCAAGUCUUUCUGAAUUGUCUUCUGAAUAAUAUUCUUACUAACUGCCCCUUCCAACUUUGUCAUCUGUGGACUUGAUCAGCGUGCCUCAGCUGCCUUCAUCCAGCACCGAGAAUCCCUGGGUAGGGCCCACUGGCCCUUCUCAAAAGCCCGUGCUCUGGUCUCUCUAGCCAGACCAAUCCAGCAGCUUUUAUGCAGUCCUCAUCUUUCCAUCUUGGCCCAAGUGUGAUUCCAGCCUCUUUGACAAAUGCAGAACCUUCGGGGCUUCCUUAAUCUGCCGCCCCAGUCUUGUAUCCCUGCCAGAAAAAAGGGAAUUGUUGGUCAGGCCUAGCUUGUUCUCAGUAAUCUCACACUGGCUCUUAAAAAAAAAUUAGCAUUUCAGGCAUCUGUUUUCUUUUUAAUUAUUGAUGCAUUUUAUUUUGACAUCCUGUUCCUUUCUGAAUGCCCUCCCCAACUGCUGCCCAGCAAGCUUUCUCUUACAACAGACAUUUACAGAAACAGUGUAUUCACCAUUCCCUGCCCAUGGCUCCCCAUGUCUUUACUGACGGGAGGUGCACAUUCUCAUCUCUUCUCCAUGGCCAAGCUCGGCCAUCAGAAUUACAAAGCAUUUCAGCAAAAUUAACCGACACUGACUGAAUCUGGUAGAAUUGGCUGUGUCCCAAUACCUUAGCCCCCCAUCUUGGCUGAGAUAGAAGGGAGGUGCAUGUUCCCAGCUCUUCCCUUGAGCCAGAGCUGGUCAUUAGAAUGACCUAGAGUUCAUUUCAGUUUUUUGUUAUUUCUGUUCGCAUUCGUGUUGUGUGUCUCUCUGCUUGGGUCCACUUAUCUCACUCUGGAUCUACUAAAUCUUCCCAUGCUUCUCUGAACUCUUUGUAGUCAUCUUUUCCUAUGCAGCACUGACAUUCCGUUACUUUGAUGGGCUGCAGUUUGUUGAGCCUUUCCACAGUUGAUGGACACCUACCUCCCUGCCCUGUCUCUGUGGUGUCUGACACCUUCCUUCCUGUCUCUGAACCACAUUCAUCGCUUUGUCGGGAGGGUGCCAUUUGAGGAAUCAAGCAUUGUCAGUGUGGACCAUGCAUCCGCUCCAAUCUCAGCCCUUCUGGGCAGCUCCGGCUGAGUUGUUGAACCUGCCUUGGGCCUCUCUGACUCAGGGGCUUCCUUCUCUAAGGCUGUCACGCAGCAGGUCGAGGUGAAAGCAAGCUUGCCUGCCUAGGACACUGCAAUCUAUUUCUUCCUUCCCUUUCUGAAAAUCUGGGCAUUUGCCAUCCUCUGCCAGCUCCCAAAUCAAGAGAGUGGUUGGCUCAUUUGGGAUUUGGUGGUGUGGGUCCAUGCUCCCUCAGGAGUGCAGUAACCACUGAGCCACACGGCUUCUGUCCUGGGUCAGCUGCCUAGGUUGUAGAUGGCAGAGAUGGGGGCAGGGGUGUGCAGCCAAGAGAGCAGCCUCUCAGUGGGGGCCCCAAUGAGGCCUGGCAAGGUGUCCUGGGGGUGGAGGAGGAAGGCAGGCCAGGAGCGCAGUGUGCAGGAGAACCUGUUGAGUGACCAUCAUAGACGUACGAUGGUGGAGGGGGAAGAUCAGGAUUGGGAUGGGAAUGGGGAGCAAGGGAUUCGGGUUCUGGUCACAGGCCCACUGUGGACCUUCAGUUCCUCAUCUCUGAACUGACAGUCAAGUCAGAGGAGCCACUGAGUCUAGGCCGAGGCAGAGGAACAUCAAGAACAGCUGACUGUCACAGCUGCCCUUCCCACGGAGGAGGGCAGGAGAACAAGGCCACGAGGCUCGCCAGAGGGCCUCUAGAAAUGAGAACUGAUAGAGUUUCAGAGAGAUUGGGUCUAGAAGGAGCCCAUGGAGUCUCUUCCUAAGAAAAUCAUAGGGUUAGAGAAGCAUCCACUGCAGGUCACUAAGUGGGUCACUGAGGUUUGCGGAGCACUGCCCGCAUCCCCAUGGGGGAUAUGUGAUAGAAACGCCCCCAUUUUGCAGAUGAGAAAGCAAGCUACAGAGUGGUUAGGUGACUUUCCCAGGGUAAUGCACUCAGGACGUGUUGGAGCCUGUGCAGAUGCUAAAGGAGGGGUGGGCUCUUCCAGCAAAGGCUGGGGGCCCGUGUGCUAGAAAGGUCCCACAGGCAGGUGCCAGUCGGACCAGCCGCCCUCUGAGGCUCUGAUAGUUGGUGCCCCCCCCCCCAGACUCUUCUGUGCCCGCCAACCUCACUGAGUAGGCACCUGCCAUCAGAGGACUGGGAUGCUUUUCUGAGCCUCAUCGUCUGACAACGCAGGAUCUAAUGAUCUGACCCUGACCUCGUUGUGCAGGCGCAGAAUCAGGCCCAGAGCGGCGGUGCUUAGCAGCCCCAGCCACAUGGGGUCCAGGUGGGCAGGAGACACAGAGGGCCCUCCUUCCCUCCUAGACCCUCCCAAGCUCCCCAGACUUUAGAAUUCAUACAGAUGGGGUUCAAGCAAGAGGUUUUAGGCUUCAAGAGCGAGGACACCCCCUCACACACAGCGUUUCUCUCCAUCACUAGUGAAUUUCCCAGCCUGCCUAGAAGCUGUGAUGGCCAGGAGCCUCCCCACCCACCCUGCCAAGGACAAGCCUUUGCUUUCUGUGGUUGUUGAGAGUAUUAUUUUAAAAUGUUUAUUAUCUGGUCAAAACAAAACAAAAACAAAAAAGAUUGUUUACGUAAAGUUGUGUGGUUUUCUUUUUAAAACAAUUGUGUGUACUGUAAACAGCUGGAGUGUCUCCUGAAGAAGUCAGCAGCAGCCCAUUGGCCAGCGCUGUUCAGGACAUUGUGAUGUCACUGUUCUUGCACGUGGGUCACUGGACUGUGUUGCUGGGUCCUGAGGAGCCAUGGUGGCAGGCAGUGGACUCUGGCAGCGUCUGUUCCUCUGGGGGUCCCAGCUGCGGUGCCCGUGGUCCUGCCUGAGGGAAGGAGGGAGCAUCUUGGAGCCAAGGUUUCGUGCCUUAGGAUGGGACCCAACUCUCCUCAUAUUUAUUAUCUUAAUUUAUAUAGUGAUUACCAUGGAAACAAACGCCUCUUGUAUUGUAUGUACAUAGUUCACAUCUGGCUGUUGUAAAUAAGUUGGUAUUGUAUAUAAAGGGAGCCUGUUUUCCACCCUC